UUUUGCGUUACUCCAAGCCGCGGUUUUUAACAUCGGGGACCCCAGAGCUUUAACAUGUGUAGUUCAUUAUCUGCUCUCUCUCUUAAAAAACAGUUAUAUGAACUGAACAAAAGCGCAACUGAAGGUUUUUCAGCGGGGUUGGUUGAUGAGGACAAUAUUUUCAAAUGGCGAGUGCUUAUUAUUGGUCCACCAGAUACUCUUUAUGAGGGUGGUUGUUUUCAUGCAGAGCUGGACUUUCCACAAGACUACCCCGAGCGCCCUCCUAAAAUGCGGUUCGUAACUGAUAUCUGGCAUCCAAAUAUUGCUCAGGACGGAGAUGUUUGUAUUUCUAUUCUUCAUCACCCCGGGAAAGAUCUGUGGGGCUACGAAAGGCCCGAGGAAAGAUGGCUUCCUGUGCAUACCGUAGAAACAAUUAUUACUUCUGUUAUUUCGAUGCUUGCUGAGCCUAAUCCUGACAGCCCUGCCAAUGUUGAUGCAGCUAAGGAGUUCAGGGAAGAUUUUGCGGAGUUCAAGAGAAAAGUUUGUCGGUGUGUAAGGAUGAGCCAAGAACGUCUUGAAUGAAUUAAAUUAAUCUAAUUGCUUUAUCAUUAUACAUCAGCCAUCGUUAUGAAAAUAUUUCUACAUCAAACCCAGUCCUUGGUCGUAACAUUAUACAACCUAAUUAUACCUAACUUUAAAGAGACAAUCCUAAAUGCUUAUGUAAUGCUUGUUGAGUCUUACCAUAUCUUUGUCCAGAUUCGAUGUGACGUGGUGCUUAGUUAUGUUAGUAUUCACUACUAAGAUUGUCGUUGCUAUUUGGUUGUAACGUGCUAUUUGGUUUUGUUAAGUGUCUUUUGAUUAGGUACUUUGAUAUAUGGGCUGAAUUUAUUUCUCAUAAGGUUAAGCAUUUUCACGUCUUCCCAACCAUUGUAGUUACCGUAGUUUCAUCCUCGAGGUGCUUCGAAUAAUUUGCCGGAGAUAGCCUUUGUGGUUGGUCUUGAGGCGACCAGAGCACAUUAGUUUAAUAGUGGAAAGUGUUUUUCUUAGGUAUACCAAUAAAAACGACAUUGGGAUGUCAGGAACAUAUUUUAAAUUUAUUAAACCAAUAUUACUUGUAGGGAUUCUUCAUACCACUAAUGUUCAUUAAGCCAUCAAACAGUCUGGGCUAUUAAUACGUCUCUGAAGUCUGAUCAAG